UUCUGUUCUGAUGCCUCGAUGUUCUUCACUAAGUUAUCGCUAGUGAAAGCUUAAAAGUUGAAAUUUUAUGUUAAAUCUUCAUUAAAACUAGUUAAACAAUUUAAAAGGACACCUGGUUUACGGCAUACCAUUUUGUUCUAAGUUAGUGCAUUAUUUUCUCAUCUAGGAAUACUAUCACAAGUGUAUCGUCCACAUCCCUAAAUUUGCAGAAAUGGGUGACAGCGAUGACGAGUAUGGAGAUAGAAAACGUCGUGACAAAUUUCGUGGUGAAAGAACAGAAUCUUACAGAAGUGGAGAAGGAAGAAGAGAAGAUAGAAGAAGAGAUGACUGGAUAGAGAGAGAUACGUGGGGAGGUGGACGCAGUAGAGCUCGUGGUGACUACAGAGGUACAGUCAGGGAGAGGUACAGUCCAGCCAGACAACAUGACUUCUCCCCACCUCCCAAGAGGAUCAGGACUGAGUGGGAUGACAGGAGGAUGCCCUAUGCAGAUACAAGCUACAACUAUUCUGCGUCUUGGGGGGGCCAAGAAUCACAAACACCAUAUACUAACAAUGCUCAGAGAGCCGAGCAAACUGAAACUCAGCCACCAAUGAUGUCUUUGAAAGCAUUUUUACAAUCGCAAGAUGAUAAUAUAUCUGACGAAGAGGCAAUCCGUAAAUAUAAUGAGUACAAGCUGGAGUUCAGACGGCAGCAGCUUAAUGAGUUUUUUGUUGCUCACAAGGAGGAAGAAUGGUUCAAACUAAAAUACCAUCCUGAAGAAUCGAUCAAAAGGAAGCAAGAACAGCAAGAUUCACUCAAGAAACGUGUUGAGGUUUUUAUGGAGUUUAUGGAAAGUGGACGAUUGGACAAAGUGAGCGUAGACGCGGACCAAUCAGAACAGCUGAUCAAACUGUUGGACGCUGCGGUUAUCAAACUGGAAGGAGGCAAUGACUUUGACCUGCAAAUAUUGGACGAAGUAGUAGCUCCUCCCGCCCCAGUUGUUCAACCUUCAACUGAGGAGGAGAAUAAAGCUGUGAUCAAAAAAGAGCCAGAAGAAAAACAAGAAGUAAAGGAGGAAGCCUCAGAAGAAGGUGAGGAGGGUGAAAAGAAAACAGAAGAAAACAACGAAGAUAAGCAAACAGAUGAUAAGUCACAAGGAGAAUCUUCACCUCCUUCAUCACCUAAACCGAAAGACGAGUCAGAGGAAAAGAAAAUAUCUUCGAUCGAUGUAGAUGACACAGAAGCAGUCAGUUUAAAUGGAGGAACAGAAGAGGAGGAUGACAAACCACCCAAGUCUCCAGAAGAAACUGAGAAAACGAAAGCUGAUGAUGAGAUGUCUGUUGAUGAUGGUGAAUGUAAUGAUGAGAAGAAAACAGAAGAAUCAGAGGAGAAGAUUGAGAAAGGAACUGUAGAAACUAUCAAUGAAGAGAAAAAAGAAGAUGACAACUCUCCAAAGCCAAGGCCUCUGCAUAGGACAGCGUCCAUAUUUCUGCGGAACCUUGCUCCAACAAUAACUAAACAAGAAGUUGAAGGUAUGUGCAAGAGGUACCCAGGCUUUCUACGGGUAGCCAUUGCAGACCCACAGCCAGAGCGAAGGUGGUUCCGCAGAGGUUGGGUCACCUUUCAGCGAGACGUCAACAUCAAAGAGAUCUGCUGGAAUCUCAACAACAUCAGGCUGCGAGAUUGUGAACUGGGCGCCAUCGUCAACAGAGACCUGAGCCGCCGCAUUAGGACUGUCACUGGACUGACGGGACACAAACAGGUGUUGAGACACGACCUCAAGUUGGGCGCCAAGAUCAUUCACAACUUGGACGCCAAGACCAACCUGUGGCAGGAGAACAAGAAACACUCCCAAGAGCAGAGCUUUGGGCUGGUCUCACAGAACCCUGUGUUGCGCAAUAUCACAGACUACCUGAUUGAAGAGGCUUCUGCAGAGGAAGAGGAACUUCUGGGACAAGCUUCCGAGACAGAAGACAAUGAUGAGAGGGAUCAGGGAUUGAUUAAGGUGCUGGACAGGCUACUGCUGUAUUUAAGGAUUGUCCACUCUGUCGACUACUACAACCAUUGUGAGUAUCCCAACGAGGAUGAGAUGCCAAACCGCUGUGGGAUCAUGCAUGCUCGAGGCUCACUGCCGACUACUAAGGUGACCAGUCAGGAGAUACAGGAGUACUGCCGAGGGUUUGCCCAGAAGAUGACCUGUCUGAUCAACAGCUGUGGGGACGUGGAGGGUCAGGAGCUGACAGCACUGGGGGCCAAGGAGGCAGAGUCCGAGGUAGAGAAGUUUGUGGCGGCUAACACUCAAGAGCUGGCCAAAGACAAGUGGCUCUGUCCAUUGUCUGGUAAGAAGUUCAAAGGGCCGGAGUUUGUGAAGAAACACAUCUUCAAUAAGCAUGCUGAGAAGAUCGAGGAGGUGAAGAAGGAGGUUGAGUAUUUCAACAACUAUUUGCGAGACCCAAAGCGUCCUAUGCUACCUGAACACCCAGGCAACAAGGCCAAGAAGGAUCCCGUACCUGACCACACUGCCGGACCUUACUUUUCAUACGGUGGUUAUGGAGGAGGCAGAGGUUAUCAACACUAUGGAGGAUAUCCGACAGGUUACAGCAGACCAGGCCGAGGAGGAAUGUUCCCCCGUGGCGGCAGGAUGAUGAGGAGACAUUUUGGUCAGCACAUUUCCCAUCCUUAUGACCCUUUUUCCAUGCCUCAUCAACACUGGGGAGUUUCUGACUAUCGUCCAGUUAUCCACUACAGAGAUCUUGAUGCCCCAAGGGAGCCUGAUGAAUUUAUUUAAUUACUCUCUACUCAACAUUCAGUAAAAUGUACAAACGUUAAUAGGUAAAGCAUUAUGUGUAUGUAUCUAAAAUCAGUUGUGCUGCAUUUCCAAUAGUUUGAUUAGUUUUUUUAGAAGUUGCAUCGUAUUGACUAAACAUACGUAAAAUUAUAAUAAAUGUACGUUUUCUUAUA